AUGUUGACGCAAGAAGUGAUUGUCAAAGAGGAACCAAUGGGGAAAAGGAACAAGAAGCUACUCUUUGCUGAUGAUCGCGGGGACCCACUAAAAUUCUACGUGACGCGUGGACUACAUCGCGAGCGUAUCAGGAAGCUAAUUGAGGAACAUGGAGGUCAGGUCGUAGAUGUUGCUGGGUCAGAUUGCUUCAUGAAGCUGGGAGAACCUGGGAUACGAACCGCUACCAUAGACCUCUACUCCUCAGAAUAUGUAGAGGAUUCUGUGCAGACUGGACAAUUGCUCGGUCGCUCACCGUAUGCGUUGUCCUUGAACGGCCUUCCUCCUGGUAACCGGACAAGUCGCGAACCUUUCACCCAAAAAGACAAGUUGCAUCUGAGGAAUCACAUUGAAGGGCACAUCAAAGCUGGAAAGCUAUUCGGAAAUGAAAUAUAUAAGGAAUUUGCUUCUUUGUUCCCUCACCACUCUUGGCAAUCCUGGAGGGACCACGCUGUUAAGCAUAUCUUGCCUACACUUCCAGCGGCCAAGAAAAUCGACAAGCGGGCGGAGCGAAUCCGAAAUCCUGGCCAAAGCCCAGUCGAUGCUGAACAGUCUACUACAACAAGUCGAGAUUCGGGCAGGCGGUCGGACCACUUUUCAAAGUACGAACGUGAGGUAUUGGAAGAGCUUUUGAGGAUAUCACGCGAAAAGGACCGCGAGCUAGUGUACAGUGCCUUGGCAGAGCAGUUCACUGCCCAUUCCCAAGCCUCAUGGAAACACUACGCAGAAGAGGAAGUUAUCCCUAACAUGGAGGACGAAGGUGCGCUCUUGGAAACAGGCACAGAUGCACCACCACCGUCACGUCUCAAGGGUGUUCGUCGCGAAUUCUCGGAGCGUGAUAAAGCGCUGAUUAGGAAAAUCACGCGCAACAGGUUGGGAGACGCAGGUAUCAAAGGUAAAAACUUUUGGGUCGAGUUUGGCUUGAUGCACUCCCAGCACAGCGCAGAUAGUUGGCGAGGGCAUGCUACCAAAGUAAUAAUGCCCGUUCUAAUGGCUGCCCAGAAGAUCUUGCAAAACGUGAGAAAGAAAAGCACCGCUGAGGCAGUAAACGAAAAUGAUGCAAAUGCCGGAAUAUUACCUGGUGCACCGCAAUCGAAGCAGCUUGAGGACACAGAAGUUAGCGAUGUGGAGUAUUGGUCGCAGGAAACGGAAACUCCGGACGACGCAAAGGAAAAUGACACUGGGAUGUGGAUGACGCAGCCUCAGAGUGCUCCAUCUGUAGAUGAAGAGCAAGAAGAGGGAGAGGGACAAGCGGAGGAACGAGACGCAGAAGAGGAAGAGGAGGGAGAGGGACAAGCGGAGGAACGGGAAGCAGAAGAGGAAGAGGACACUCCAUGGCAAACUCAAGCGCCAAUCGGUGACACUCAGGAUCAUGAACGUGGGCAGUCGUCUGAGGAAGAACUGGCAAUCGCCACACAAGCAAGUCCGCUGGGCAGGAACACUAGUGACUUUUCCGAAAAGGCCACAUCGCAAAGUCCGCGCCGACCAAAGCUACGAAACAGUCCAUCCAAGACACAAUCGUCACAAGCCCAAGCUACGUCGCCCCAUCCAUCGCCUCGGAAACAAUUGUUGUCCUCCCCUCAAGACCCCAAUACCCAGCCUGCAUCACAAACCCGAAGAAGCAUCUCGAGGAACAUAAGUAGAGAAGUUGAAAGUCCGCAUCUGAUGGACCGAGAUGAGGCUCCACCGACUGUGGAAAUGGUGGGCUCAACAGAGGAAGAAUUGGACAGUUUACUUGAGGAACAGGCAAGGCUAUCCCAAAAGCACGCACAAUUGGAGGAGAUGGCAUCUUCUGCGAAAGGAGUCGCCGCAGAUGAAGAGGGCGGAACAGAAGAAGCACCCAUGGACGUGGACAAUUCUGACACUCAAUACCUGACAGCACCUGAGGGGAGGACAGACGAGAAUCCCUUUUUAGCGUCGCCGACAAGUUCGCGGGUCAUCAAAAAGAAGGCAGUUCCACUGCCCGAACCUAGCCAAAAAUCCCCGCCUGCAACAAUACCCCAUGUGGUCCUAACUCCAGCACCCCACCAUGAAGUUGCGGAAUCGGUAAAGACGCAGUAUUAUAAUCUAUUCGAUAAACUCUGCAACGACUACUCAUCUGAAGGCUUCACCCGUCAUCAAUGCCUGGGGGCGGUUCACAUGUCGGGCGGAGUAAUCGGAAGAGCGCGAAAGCUCCUAGAUGCUGGGUUGGAUGUAGCGAAACUGAGCUCCAAAAUUCGACGCCAUAUCUUUACAUCGGAUGAAGAUGCAACAUUGCUUGGAAAUGAUGAGCAGGCUAUUGAAUCCCUCAAAAAGGUUAAAGGCAGGGAGGUCAUUUCUCACCGAAUGCGAUUUUUGCAUCAGUGGUCUGCGUUACAUGUGGGCGGUAGUCAAUAAUAUUUCAGGGAGUUUCGGCAUCUAUGUUCAGCACCAUGUUUAUGCUGAUGAGCUUGGUAUAUAUCGUUGUGUUCCCACAUCAGUAGAUGUGAUGAGCACAACAUCUCCCUCAAUCCCCCAUCUUUCUAUAUCCUCUCUAUCAAAUUAGUCUCCACUAUCUCCACAAUGAUUUUCAAAUCACAUCCUUCUAAAGUAAUCUAAGUGCAUCUCACUACAUAAUAACAUGUUUCCAGCUAUAUGACA